ACUUUGUACGUUUUGCAAAAUAAUCCCUGAUAGCCGUUGGAUUUUCACAGACAGCCAUCGCAUAGGGGUUUGGGUUUUCUCUCUCGCGGCGCCGUCGACGACCUCAUCGCCGGCGCCGCCGCGCACGUGCUCCGGUUGUCCCAUCCCUGAGCGGAGGGAGAUUCAAGCCGAGGCGGCGUACGGUGGCGGCGCCGACGGCGACCUCGGUGAUCCGACGCCCGCGAUGGUCGCUUGCCCUAGCCGCCGGGCUGCCGCCGCCGCCGCCGCCGCCGCCUGAUACCCCCAUCAGCUUACCCGACACGACAGUCCUCCCCCGCAUCGCCCGCGGCCAUCGCCACCGCCUCCAUCUGCUCAGCGCGUCACCUCCACGGCGCCUCCCUUCCCCCGCCGCCGCCGCCUCAGUCCUCCUCCCCUCCGCCGCCGGUGCCGCCGCCAAAAUCCCCCACCGCGCGCGCGCCACCUACUCCCUCUCCCUCUCCACCAGGUUCAGGCGAGGUAGUGAGCCCUAAUCCUAAGCCCUCAUUCCUCUCCCCCACCGCGCCGGCAUCAGCUCCACCCCGUUGUCACAAGUCUCCCCCACUGCUGGCAUCAGCGUCCUCUCCUCCCCUGGCUCCUCGUGUCCACGCCGCCUGCGGCUGCGCCAAAGUCCAAGGCGUCUAGGCGUCUAGCCCCGCUCGCACUCGCCAGGCCACACACCAUCUCCACUCUCCUGAACGCAGCAGCGUCCCCAGCCCCUGCCACUGAGGCGUUGUACUGCAUUGCGGACCUCAGGAGCACGGCCGCCACGCAGAUGGAAGCCCUCGAAGCGCUGCCGCGGCUAUGCCCAUCUCCCUCUCCCGCGCAUCCAAGGUGAACUUAUUUGGAAGAUUCCUUGUGCGUUUAUUACAUGUUUCGUAGGAAGAUGGCAUUAAUCAACUAGCCAGCUAAUAACAGAGAACAUGUUCUUGAGGUUGCCAGCGUGCAAUUCAAUGCUAAAGCAGUUAAAAGAGGAUCACAGUCAUCCAUCUCUUUAAGAUAUGAUGUUCAUGGGAAAAGUCUGAAGCGGGAAAACCAAUCCUGAAGCUACUAUGGAGGAAGUCACUGAGGAGAAAACUAUAUAUUUAAGUUGAUUGUUUCUUUUGAAUGUCGGGCAAGCCACUACACUGCCUGAGCCAGAGAUAAAAGCAUAUGAUGUGCUCCGGUACAUUCAUGCUGUAAAGGACACAUUCCCAGACCAGCCCUAGAAGCUUGAUGAGUCAUCAUAAUUUUGCUUCAUUUCAAGAGCAAGAGGUGGAAUUACUCACGUAUGUCGGGUACAAAAUACAUGAACAUCCAUGUAAAGAUCAUUUUCAGUGGGUAACAAGCCCAAGUGCCCAACUAGUAUAUGGAAAAAUAAAUUAUCCAAAUCUAUGGAUCAUAUGCACGAUCAAGACUUCUGAAACGACCUUGGAGAGCAGCUGUACAAUUGAAGAUAUUAAUCGAUUGGAACUGGAAGGUUAUAGAUGUGCAAAACAUCGGGUUCUACUUCCUCUGUCCCAAAAAAAGUGAAUCUAGAACGGGAUGUGACAUGUCCUAAUACAACGAAUCUAAACAAUCACAUCCAGUAUUAGGUUGUUUUUUUUUGAGACGGAGGGAAUACAUUAGUGGUUUAGAGUGUGUUUGAGUUCCAAGAAUGUGUAUAUACACAAAAUAAUGUGUUUUACACUAUGAGAAUGUCUGAUAAAUAGUGUGCUUCACACUGAGUGUGUCUCAGUUGCAAGAAUAUGUACGCAAAAUAAUGUGUUCUACACUAAAUCACUAACGUGUGUCUGAGUUGCAAGAAUAUGUACGCAAAAUAAUGUGUUCUACACUAGGAUGUCUGAGUUUCAUGAAUAUGUGCAAAACAAUGUGUGCACAACACAUUGUUUCCACCGCCCACUACACAAGUGUACUAGUAGUAUAUAUGCAGUAAAAACACUUUCAACUUUUUCUCACUAAAAGUUAUUGACAGUAACCAUCCAUGCCUAGAUUAUUUUUAAAUUUUCAACUUUGUAAUUUAGAUUUUCAAUUGCCAUCUCUUUUUUUUCUCUCUGCCUUUCCUAACACCAUCACGACUCCGACUCCGUAGAGACGCCGAGUUCGCCACGAACUCGGCCAGCGCGCGCGGCCUCAUAAAUCUGGGCGCGCGCGCGCGGCACGGCGCCGCGACACGAACUCGACCAAGAAGAAGAAGAGCACCCGGCCAUGGCGGCCACGUCGGCGGUGACCACCACCACCGGCGCGCGGUGGCGGAGCUGGGCGUUCGCCAACAUGGGCACGCUGCUCGCCCACUUCGGCUCGCUCUCCUUCUUCCUCGGCCCGCUCCUCGCCGCGUACGCGCCGCGGCGGCUGCUGCUCACCUACUUCAACCUCUUCCUCCGCCGCCGCGCGCGGCGGCUGCUCAACGCCGUCGACCCAUACAUCACCGUCGACAUCUCCGAGUGCCCCGCCGCCGCGCGCUACUACUCGAGGUACGACCCCGUGGACGCCCGCGACACCACCUACGACGAGGCGAAGGCGUACCUGAGCGCCACGUGCUCGUCCGAGGCCCGCGAGCUCCACGCCGAGGGCGCCGAGGAGGGCGACGGGCUGGUCAUCAGCAUGCGCGACGGCCAGGACGUCGCCGACGAGUUCGGCGGCGCGACGAUGUGGUGGUCGUCGGUGGCGGCGGAGCAGCAGGCGGCGCCGCCGCCGCCGCAGGGGGCGGCGGAGCGGCGGUGCCUCCGCCUCACGUUCCACAUGCGCCACCGCCGCCUCGUCGUCGACGAGUACCUCCCCCACGUCCGCCGCGAGGGCCGCGAGGUGCUCUUCAGCAGCCGGCGGCGGCGGCUCUACACCAACAACAAGAUGUCGGAGUACGCGUCGUACUCCGACGAGAAGGCGUGGAGCUACGUCGACUUCGACCACCCGACGACCUUCGAGACGCUGGCCAUGGAGCCGGCCAAGAAGAAGGCGAUCAUGGACGACCUCGACGCGUUCCGGCGGAGCAGGGAGUUCUACCGCCGCACCGGCAAGCCGUGGAAGCGCGGCUACCUCCUGCACGGCCCGCCCGGCACCGGCAAGUCCACCAUGGUCGCCGCCAUGGCCAACUACCUCGACUACGACAUCUACGACGUCGAGCUCACCGUCGUCGGCAACAACAACAACCUCCGCAAGCUCCUCAUCGAGACGACGAGCAAGUCCAUCAUCGUCAUCGAGGACAUCGACUGCUCCCUCGACAUCACCGGCGACCGCGCCGCGCGGCGGUCGCGGCCGCCGCCGUCGUACAGGGACGGCCACGACCGCCGCUCCAGCGACGUCACCCUCUCCGGCCUCCUCAACUUCAUCGACGGGCUCUGGUCGGCGUGCGGCGGCGAGCGCAUCGUCGUGUUCACCACCAACCACCUCGACAAGCUCGAUCCGGCGCUCAUCCGCCGCGGCCGCAUGGACAUGCACAUCGAGAUGUCCUACUGCGGCUUCGAGGCGUUCAAGACGCUCGCCAAGAACUACCUCGACGUCGACGCCCACCACCUGUUCGACGCCGUCGAGGAGCUCCUCCGGGAUGUCAACCUCACGCCGGCCGACGUCGCCGAGUGCCUCAUGACGGCCAGGCGCUCCGGCUCCGACGACACCUCCUGCCUCGAGAUCUGCGUCGACGAGCUCAAGAAGAGGGCGGAGGAGAGGGCAAAGGAGGAGGCCGAGGCGAAGGCGAGAGAGGAGGCCGAGGCGAAGGCCAUGGCGGAGUUCGAGGAGAAGGCGAAGGAGAAGGCUUUGGCCAAAGCCAAGGCAGUGGUGGACGCAGCCGCAGCCGCGGCGGCGGCAGCGGCGACGACGGCGACGGCGAAGCCAAACGCAACCAAGGAGGAGGAAGAAGAAGAAGAAGAAGAAGAAGAAGAAGAAGAAGAAGAUAGCCAAGAAGAAUCUUCUGCUGAUACAGGACAAUUCACCGAAUAAUUCAGAAUCAUCGCGUAGUUAUGAUGAAAACUAAUCAAAAUAUAUUUUGUAUUUUGUUCUACUAAUUUGUCAAUUCUACAAUGUACAGGCAAAUCAGUCUUUUGAUGACUUGAUCUAACUCUUGAUCAAGCAAGAUCUUUCAGAAAUUUUUGUGCUUGUUCUUA